CCUGGCUCAGGCUGACGGGUUACACGAUGUUCUAUAUUUGAUCAGAGGAAAACAACCUAAGAAAUGUCGGACUACUUGCCAGAAGGAGUAAUCAUACAGAUCUUACAAAAACUACCAGUUAAGUCGUUGAUUCGAUGUAUUAGUGUUUGCAAGUUAUGGUACUCUCUCAUCAAAAACCCUAAUUUCAUUUCCACCCAAAUUGCCAAUACCUCGUGGAUUAACACUGAAAACAACCCUAACCCAGUACUUCUACUUCACUUCCAUGCCGGUGAAUACUCUUUGGUUUUUGAUAAUCAAGAGUUGGAGGACAUAACACUACAUUUCCCGUUUUGCAAGUUAUGGUACUCUCUCAUCAAAAACCCUAAUUUCAUUUCCACCCAAAUUGCCAAUACCUCGUGGAUUAACACUGAAAACAACCCUAACCCAGUACUUCUACUUCACUUCCAUGCCGGUGAAUACUCUUUGGUUUUUGAUAAUCAAGAGUUGGAGGACAUAACACUACAUUUCCCGUCCAAGUCCGGCUCUAGAUUCUUUCGCGCAGUGGGUUAUUCCAAUGGCUUGUUAUGCAUCUCCAUCAGACACACGAGAUGUGAUUAUGGAUCGGAUAAUUACAAUGACGAAUUCAUCCUCUGGAAUCCCUCUAUUAGAAAAUCAUUCGCACUUCCUCAACCCAAUUUUACAUUUUUGACCAGCUGUCACUACUGCAAUGAUUAUGUUGGUUUUGGGUUUGAUUCUAACUCUAAUGACUACAAAGUCUGCAGAAUGAAGGUGCACCAACCUUACUGUGAAAAAAUUCAAGAACCUAAGAUUCAGAUUGAAAUUUACUCAUUUAAUAUGAAUUCUUGGAAGAUUAUUACCGGUAAUGCACCCGAACGAUUUGAUAAAAAACAAGUUAACACCUGAUUACCAUGUGCAUCCCACACAGAUAGCAGCUUAUGCGAACAACGCAUUGCAUUGGAUUGUAGGUUAUCGGGAGUUUGAUGGUGGUGUUUUUAGGAAUCCGUAUGUUUUUAUUCUGGUGUUUGAUAUGAAAGAUGAGGUUCUUGGUGAAAUUUUGUUGCCAAAUUGUUUGGCAACACAUAUUGCAUUUGGAUGGUCUGUUAAGGUAUUUGGGGACUCAUCAAUUGCAGUUACUCACCAUGAGUUCAAUUCCUAUGUCACUCCUGUAUGGGUGAUGAAAGAGUAUGGUGUUUGGGAGUCAUGGAUGAAUUUACUAAAGCCUGGUGAGAAAGAGAGAAGGAAAGUAAAAUUGUUGGGGUUCAAGAAAAAUGGAGAAAUUGUAUUGAAAUUUGGAAGUAUUAGACGUUCUUUUUCAAGAAUAGAUAAUUUUGUUGAAACCUAUGUGGAAAGCCUAGCAUUACUUGACAAAGGAAAUGCUGUAGAAGAAAAACAUCAGAAGAUCCAACACAGAGAUCUUCAGCUUGAAGAUAAAGACAAUAAAAAGGAAGCAAAGAGAAAUAGCCUACAUUAAUAUUUUCUCAGAAAUAUUUUUGUAAGUGGGAUCACUGCAUUAAGGUUUAAAUGGGUUAAUAUUAAGUGUUGAAAGGCCUUGAAUUCUUUGAAGUCUCAUCCAAAAAUAUGAGUUUCAAACUCAACUCUGAUCCAUUUUGUUUGGACAUUUAACUUAGUGGCUUAUGCUUCUAUGAUUGAAACAAAUAAAGAGUUUAUUUUAUAAUGUUUGCCAAUUGCUAUGCAUGCUUGAAGUUUGUUUUAUAUUUCUCAU